GCAUCUCUUUCGCUCUCACCUGUGCGACUGAAACUGCUUAGGCUCAUAUCCAUACUCUGUAAUAUAGAUAGAUAUAUUCAUAAACACAUAAACGAAAAACAAUAAUCAUAUCAUAUAUCAUAUAUCAUAUAUUAUUAUUAUACGAUUGUAUUUUCCGUGUGUCGCUGAUGGAGGAUCAAGCGAAUCAAGCUCCACCGGCACGCGAUAAAGAGGAGGAGGAUUCUAAGAAGGAAGAAGAGGAAUUAAUCGCAAAGGUUAACAAGCUCAUGGAAAACAUCACUUCUGCACCUGAUAACCCUAAACCCACCGUCCUUCAUGCUCUCGCUUCUAUUCUCGAAACUCAAGAGUCACGAUACAUGGAAGAGAAUGGUUAUUCUUCCUCCAGUACUGCCCGUGCUGCCCAUAUCAUUGGUCGGCUUGGCGGUUUAAUUCGGGAAAAUGAUGAGUUCUUUGAGUUGAUAUCUUCUAAGUUUCUCUCAGAAACAAGAUACUCCACCUCUAUUCAAGCUGCCGCUGCCAGACUUCUCCUAUGCUGUUCCCUGACCUGGAUUUAUCCUCAUGUUUUUGAAGAAUCCGUCUUGGAAAACAUAAAAAAUUGGGUGACGGAUGAUAGUGCUAGGCUUUCUGCUGAAGAGCAACAUCUGAAGCAUAAUACAGGGAGGAGGGAGGCCUCAGAUUCUGAAAUGUUGAAAACCUAUUCUACUGGAGUCCUUGCUGUGUGUUUGGUCGGCGGAGGUCAAGUAGUGGAAGAUGUAUUGACAUCUGGCUUGUCAGCAAAGCUUAUGCGUUAUCUACGCUUGCGUGUACUGGGAGAGACGAAUAGCAGCCAAAAAGAUGUUACCCAUAUAACAGAGAGUAGGCAUGCGACUGGGAAUACUUCAGGCAGAGGUAGAGAUGAUGGUCGUGGUAGGUUUCGCCAGCUCCUUGAAUCAAGUCAUUUGGAUGAUACAAGGAUGAUUGAUGAGAGGCCUUUAGAUGACGUAACUCUUGAAAGGGGUCCAGAUAGAAGCAUUAGUGGACAAACUUGCCAAGAAGAAUCUUGGAUAGAUGGUGAACCACCUGAUGAGCUUGGUGAAGGUGCUGAUAUCCGUGAGGUAGAUUCUGAUGGGGAGGAUAGAUGGCGCUGUAGAGAUGUUCGUGAUGGAAGGAUAAAAUAUGGUGAGCAUGAUGAUAAUGUUCGAGAUGACUCCUCAAGGCGGCGUGCAAACCGUGGAUGGGCAAGAUCUAGAGGGAAAGGAAGGGUCAAUGAAGGGACUGUAGAAGGUGAUUCCAUUUUGUCAUCUCCUGGUUCUGGUAGUAGAUUAGGACAGGGGCGAACUGUUAGAGAUAGAAGCACAUUGAGGAAUGCUGACGUUAGAAGGUUGGCUGACUCUAAGAAGACCCUUGUGAAGACCACUUCUGAGGCUUCUGAAAGAGAGGAUAAUGAUGAUUGUUUCCAAGAAUGCCGUAUUGGAAGUAAAGACAUCACUGAUCUUGUUCGAAAAGCAGUCCGAGCUGCCGAAGCAGAAGCUAGAUCAGCCAAUGCACCAGGAGAGGCUGUUAAAGCAGCUGGUGAUGCUGCUGCUGACCUUGUUAAAACUGCAGCUUCAGAGGAAUAUAAAUCCACUAAUGAUGAAGAAGCAGCUUUUUUGGCUGCUUCAAAAGCUGCAUCGACUGUUGUUGAUGCUGCAUCUGCAGUUGAAGUUUCAAGGAGCUCUAUCUGCAAAAAUACUGAGACAGAGAAUGUGAGUGGCAAAGAAACAGAAUCUAGUGAGGAUGUUGAAGAUUACUUCAUUCCAGAUACUCAGUCACUUGCACAGUUGAGGGAAAAAUAUUGCAUUCAGUGUCUUGAGUUACUUGGAGAAUAUGUAGAAGUUCUUGGCCCAGUGUUGCACGAGAAGGGGGUUGAUGUGUGUCUUGCACUUCUACAGCAGAAUUCUAAACAUCGGGAGGCAUCCAAGGUUGCUUUGCUGUUGCCUGAUGUCAUGAAGCUAAUCUGUUCUUUGGCUGCACACAGGAAAUUUGCUGCACUAUUUGUGGAUCGUGGGGGAAUGCAAAAGCUGCUUGCUGUCCCCAGAAUGGCUCAAACUUUUUUUGGCCUUUCUUCAUGUCUGUUUACUAUUGGUUCUCUUCAGGGUAUAAUGGAGCGGGUUUGUGCUCUUCCAUCAGAUGUUGUUUAUCAUGUGGUUGAGUUGGCUCUCCAACUCCUUGAGUGCAAUCAAGAUCAAGCCCGGAAGAAUGCAGCAUUGUUUUUUGCUGCUGCAUUUGUCUUCAGAGCAGUUCUUGAUGCCUUUGAUUCCCAGGAUGGAUUGCAGAAAUUACUGGGCCUUCUGAAUGAUGCUGCUUCAGUAAGAUCAGGAGUAAAUUCUGGAGCCUUGGGUUUAUCUAACUCGGGAUCACUUCGAAAUGAUCGAUCAUCAGCAGAAGUGCUUACAUCAUCUGAGAAGCAGAUAGCUUAUCACACCUGUGUUGCUCUGCGGCAAUAUUUCAGGGCACAUCUCCUUGUGUUAGUCGAUUCCAUUCGUCCAAACAAAAGCAAUCGUAGUGCUGCUAGAAAUAUUCCAAGUGUAAGGGCUGUGUACAAGCCCCUUGAUAUUAGUAAUGAGGCAAUGGAUGCAGUAUUCCUACAAUUACAAAAAGAUCGGAAGCUAGGUCCUGCAUUUGUGAGAACACGAUGGCUUGCUGUUGAGCAGUUCCUGGCAUCUAAUGGACAUAUUACUAUGUUGGAAUUGUGUCAGGCCCCGCCUGUGGAGCGGUAUCUGCAUGAUUUGCUUCAGUAUGCGUUGGGUGUUCUGCACAUUGUUACAUUGGUACCUAGCAGUCGUAAGAUGAUUGUCAAUGCAACAUUAAGCAAUAGUCGAGUUGGUAUUGCAGUAAUUUUGGAUGCAGCGAAUAUUGCAAGUAAUCAUGUAGACCCUGAGAUAAUUCAACCAGCAUUAAAUGUUUUAGUCAACCUUGUUUGCCCUCCUCCUUCAAUUAGCAAUAAACCAUCUAUGGUUACACAAGGUCAGCAGUUUGCGUCUUCCCAAACCUCUAAUGGUCCUCCCUUGGAGACUAGAGAUAGAAAUGCUGAACGUAAUAUCUCAGAUCGAGCUGUUCACAUUACUGGCCAGAUUGAUCCUAGGGAGAGGAAUGGGGAACCGAAUGCUGUAGACCGAGGCAGUGCUGCGGUCCUUAGUACACAACCUGUUAACAGUACUCCCCAAACUCCUGUUCCUUCUGCAACUUCAGGUUUGGUUGGCGACCGAAGAAUAUCUCUGGGUGCAGGAGCAGGUUGUGCAGGCCUUGCUGCACAAUUGGAACAAGGAUAUCGUCAGGCAAGAGACGCUGUCCGUUCUAAUAAUGGUAUAAAGGUUCUUCUGCAUCUCCUCCAACCGCGCAUAUAUUCACCUCCUGCCGCUCUGGAUUGCCUUCGUGCUCUAGCAUGUCGAGUCCUGCUUGGAUUAGCCAGAGAUGAUACUAUUGCACACAUAUUGACAAGGCUUCAGGUUGGGAAAAAGCUUUCAGAACUUAUUCGGGAUUCAGGCAGCCAGACACUGGGAACAGAGCAGGGUAGGUGGCAAGCUGAACUUUCCCAGGCUGCAAUUGAGCUAAUUGGGAUUGUGACUAAUUCGGGGCGUGCAAGUACAUUGGCUGCUACUGAUGCAGCUACUCCUACUUUAAGGCGCAUAGAAAGAGCAGCUAUAGCUGCUGCCACUCCUAUUACUUACCAUUCAAGGGAACUCCUGCUCCUUAUUCACGAACACCUACAGGCAUCUGGAUUGAUACAAACUGCUUCUGCAUUGCUUAAAGAGGCUCAGUUGACUCCUUUGCCAUUAUUGGUUGCUCCUUCUGCUCUUGCACAACAGCCCACCACACAAGAAGCUUCUUCAACACAAAUUCAGUGGCCCUCUGGUCGUACUCCUUCUGGAUUUCUCACGAACAAAUUAAAGUUUAAUGCCAAGGAUGAGGAUGCUGGCUUAAAAAGUGAUUCUGUCUCUGCAAAGAAAAAAUCACUGACUUUCUCAUCAUCUUUUGGUUCACAUUCAAGACAUCAACUUGUUGAUUCUCAGCAGUCAUCAGUCAGAAAAUGGUUAAGUACUGGGAAAGAGUCUUCUGAAACUAGUAUAGUAGAGACUCCAUCUGAAUCUUCAGUGAAACAUAAUGUUGAUACUGGAUCUCAGUAUAAAACCCCAAUCACCUUGCCAGCGAAACGAAAGUUAUCUGAUUUAAAGGAUAUAGCCAUGUUUUCAUCAUCUGGAAAACGACUGAAUAUUGGGGAUCAAGGACUUCGCUCUCCUAUUUGUUCAAGUGCAAUUCGUAAAAGCAGUCUGCAAACUGAUGCUGUUGGGAUUUUUACACCAACUGGAAACCUGAGAAAUCAACAGGGGCGGUGUACUGGUGACUUUGUAGAUGAGAAUCAGUACAGUAUCUCAACUCCAGGUCAGAUGACACCUUCUUCCCAAGUAUUAAAUGAUCUUCAGUCCAACAACACUGAGCGUGUGACAUUAGAUUCUCUAGUGGUUCAGUAUCUGAAGCAUCAGCAUCGGCAGUGCCCAGCUCCUAUUACCACCCUUCCUCCAUUAUCUCUUCUGCACCCGCAUGUCUGUCCUGAACCCAAGCGAAGCCUUGACGCCCCUUCAAAUGUGACAGCUCGGCUUGGUACACGUGAAUUUAAAUAUAUGUAUGGUGGAGUGCAUGGGAAUCGCAGGGAUCGUCAAUUUGUUUAUAGUCGGUUUAGGCCAUGGCGCACUUGUCGGGACGAUGCUGGUGCUUUAUUAACAUGCAUUACAUUUGUUGGGGACUCUUCUCAUAUUGCUGUUGGGAGCCAUAAUGGAGAGCUCAAAUUUUUUGACUCCAAUAAUAACAAUGUGGUUGAGAGCUUCACGGGUCACCAGUCUCCUUUGACUCUUGUUCAGUCAUUUGUUUCUGGUGAGACCCAGCUUUUGCUUUCUUCAAGCUCCCAAGAUGUCAGGUUGUGGGAUGCAACAUCAAUUUUAAGUGGUCCUAGCCAUUCUUUUGAAGGGUGCAAAGCUGCCAGGUUUAGCAAUUCUGGAAAUAUAUUUGCAGCCUUGUCAUCAGAAUCUGCACGACGGGAAAUCCUCUUGUAUGAUAUCCAAACAUGUCAGUUAGAGUCAAAGUUAUCAGAUACAUUUGCAACUUCUACAGGACGAGGUCAUGUUUAUUCUUUAAUCCAUUUUAACCCUUCUGACUCAAUGCUGCUUUGGAAUGGGGUCUUGUGGGACCGGCGGGUUUCUGGGCCUGUUCAUCGCUUUGAUCAGUUCACAGACUAUGGUGGUGGAGGCUUUCAUCCUGCUGGCAAUGAGGUUAUUAUAAACUCUGAAGUCUGGGAUUUGCGCAAGUUCAGACUGCUACGCAGUGUACCCUCAUUAGAUCAAACAGCAAUAACAUUUAAUGCACGUGGUGAUGUAAUGUAUGCAAUCUUAAGGAGAAAUUUGGAGGAUGUAAUGUCAGCAGUCCACACACGUCGUGUCAAGCAUCCUCUUUUUGCAGCUUUCCGCACAGUUGACGCAAUAAAUUAUUCUGACAUUGCUACUAUCCCUGUUGACCGCUGUGUUCUUGAUUUUGCAACGGAGCCAACAGAUUCAUUUGUUGGGCUGAUCACUAUGGACGAUCAAGAUGAGAUGUAUGCAUCUGCCAGAAUCUAUGAAAUUGGUCGUCGAAGGCCAACUGAUGAUGAUUCUGAUCCUGAUGAUGCUGAAAGUGAGGAGGAAGAUGAGGAUGAUGACGAUGAUGAUGCAGAUGUUGAUCCUCUUUUAGGCCCUGGUCUGGGCGGGGAAAGUGGAAGUGAUGCUGAUGACAUGAGCAAUGAUGAUGAUGAUGACGACGAUGAUAGUGUGAGCGAGCUUGAUGAAGAUGAAGAUGGAGAUUUCAUUUUGGAUGAUGUAGAUUUUGAUGGAGGUGGACCUGGCUUGUUGGAGAUUGUGACAGAAGGUGAUGAGGAUGAUGAUGAUAGUCAGGUUCUAGAAUCUUUAAGUAGUGACGAAGAGGAUUUUGUGGGUAAUGGCUUUGGCUAUUAAUUUUUAAUCGAAGAGGCUGUAAUUAUUUCUUUCUUCAUUAUAUUCAUUUUUGGGCGAAAGGUCAAUCAAUUUGGCUCAAAAUUUUGCUGUGGUCUUUCACAUUUAUGUCCUCUGCGAACUUAUCAAAUAUCAAUGCCUGAAUGUCAAGAAGCGCAGUUGUAUAUAUCGUUACAAAACCGCAGUUUUACUGUGAGCCACGAUGUGGCUUGUGUCUCUUUCCGCUGCGGGAUAUUCGAAGCAGAGAUGUCCAUCUUCAUAGUAAUAAUAAUGGAAUAGAUAAAAAAAAAAGAAUAUUUCUUAACUGGC